UAUUUCAGAAAAGUCCCAUCAGUGGAGAAUAUGGUGAAAGAACUCAUGGAGGAGAGGAAGGAUGAGUUCAUGGGUAGGGCUGAUCAGAUGUCAAAAUUAGCAAGAAAGAGUGUUAGCGAAGGUGGGUCUUCAUACUGUAAUUUGGACCGUCUGAUUGAGGACAUUAGAGUAAUGAGUUCGCCAGCUUCACAGGCCUAA